CCCAAGAUGCACCUGUCCAACCGAACUGUCUGAGAAAAGCCAUUUUGUUGUGCUAGCUAGCUUCAUGGCAAAGAAAGCCAGCAAUAAUAUGGGUCUGUUAUAUCAACGCUAACUAUGUCGCUUUUAUGCUUUGGUUUACUGUCGCAAAAUACAAUAAUUGAACUGGUUAAAAUCUGCUGCGAGUGGCUGUGCUGUCAACCAAAGACAACCGGUUCAACAAAGCGGCGGUGCUGCUGACAGUGAAUAAACAGGCGACUCAACAAUCCAGCAGUAACUUAGCAAAACACUUGAACCAUACAGCGUUAAGCCAAAGCGCUAAUCUGAUAAUGGCAGAGGACACCCGACAGGACAAGAGGGCCAGCUUCUCUGCCAUAACGGAGCACAGCACCAACGGGAUGGCCAGGACCUCCAGUGUGGCCUCAGGCAAAAGUGGCGCCUCAAAGAAAUUAGUGAUCAAAAAUUUCAAAGACCGGCCAAAACUAGCAGAGAAUUACACUGAGGACACGUGGCUGAAGCUGCGAGAUGCAGUGGGUGCCAUCCAGAACAGCACCUCUAUCAAGUACAAUCUGGAGGAGCUCUAUCAGGCGGUGGAGAACCUGUGUUCAUAUAAAGUCUCUCCCACGCUGUACAAGCAGCUACGACAAGUCUGUGAAGAUCACGUGCAGGCCCAGAUCCACCAGUUUAGAGAAGAGUCUUUGGACAACCUUUCCUUCCUGAAGCGGAUGAAUCGCUGCUGGCAGGACCACUGUAGACAAACUAUAAUGAUCCGAAGUAUCUUUCUCUUCCUGGAUCGUACCUAUGUGCUUCAGAACUCCCUACUCCCUUCCAUCUGGGACACUGGGUUGGAGCUGUUUCGCACCCACAUUGUGAGCGACAGUGCCGUUCAGAAGCGAACAGUAGAAGGCAUUUUGGAGCAGAUAGAGCUGGAGCGGAACGGAGAGACCGUCGACCGUAGUCUGCUUCGAAGUCUUCUGGGCAUGUUGUCAGACCUGCAGGUUUACAAAGACUCCUUUGAGGAGAGGUUUUUGACUGAGACCAAUCGCCUGUAUGCAGCGGAGGGACAGCGGCUGAUGCAGGAGAGAGACGUACCCGAGUACCUGCACCAUGUGUCUCGUCGGUUGGAGGAGGAGAAUGAUCGAAUCGUCAGCUACCUCGACCAGAGCACCCAGAAACCACUCAUUAGCUGUGUUGAGAAGCAACUUUUAGGAGAACAUAUGACUGCAAUACUACAAAAAGGUCUGAGCACUCUGCUGGAUGAGAAUCGUGUCACUGAACUGGCGCUCCUCUACCAGCUCUUCAGCAAGGUGAAGGGAGGACUUCCCACCCUGCUGCAGUUCUGGAGGGAUUACAUCAAGUCAUUCGGUGGAGAGAUCGUGUGCACUCCGGAGAAAGACAAAGACAUGGUACAAGAACUGCUGGACUUCAAGGACAAGAUGGACAAUGUGGCUCAGACCUGCUUUACGCGAAAUGAGAGUUUCAUCAACGCUAUGAAGGAAGCCUUUGAAACCUUUAUCAACAAGAGGCCUAACAAGCCUGCUGAACUUAUUGCUAAAUAUGUGGAUUCUAAGUUAAGAGCCGGAAACAAGGAGGCUACAGAGGAGGAGCUGGAGAGAAUCCUGGACAAGAUAAUGAUAAUCUUCCGCUUCAUCCACGGAAAAGAUGUGUUUGAAGCUUUUUAUAAGAAGGACUUGGCCAAGCGUCUGCUGGUCGGCAAGAGUGCUUCUGUUGAUGCUGAAAAGUCGAUGCUGUCCAAGCUCAAACAUGAAUGCGGAGCAGCAUUUACCAGUAAACUUGAGGGGAUGUUUAAGGACAUGGAGCUGUCCAAAGACAUCAUGAUUCAGUUUAAACAGUAUAUGCAGAACCAGAGUGAACCAAGCAACAUAGAACUUACUGUUAACAUCCUCACUAUGGGCUACUGGCCUUCGUACACACCCAUGGAAGUCCACUUGCCCACAGAGAUGGUAAAACUCCAGGAGGUGUUCAAGCUGUUCUACCUGGGUAAGCACAGUGGCAGGAAGCUGCAGUGGCAGCCCACACUGGGCCAUGCUGUACUAAAGGCGGAGUUUAAAGAGGGUAAGAAAGAGGUGCAAGUCUCCCUGUUCCAGACGCUGGUGCUUCUUAUGUUUAAUGAGGGAGAGGAAUUCAGCAUGGAGGAGAUUCGCACUGCCACCGGCAUAGAGGAGGGAGAGCUCAGGCGAACACUGCAGUCACUGGCCUGCGGAAAAGCACGUGUCCUCAACAAGAACCCCCGAGGGAAAGAUGUGGAGGACGGAGACCGUUUCAAUUUCAACAAUGAUUUCAAACACAAACUGUUCCGCAUCAAGAUCAACCAGAUCCAGAUGAAGGAAACGGUGGAAGAGCAGGUGAGCACCACAGAGCGUGUGUUUCAAGAUAGGCAGUAUCAGAUUGAUGCAGCUGUGGUGCGAAUCAUGAAGAUGAGGAAGACCCUCAGUCACAACUUACUGGUGUCAGAGCUCUACAACCAGUUGAAGUUCCCUGUCAAGCCGGGUGAUCUGAAGAAACGAAUCGAGUCGCUCAUAGACAGAGACUACAUGGAACGUGACAAGGAGACUCCUAACCAGUACCACUAUGUUGCCUGAGGGGGUACCGCUGUCACCGCCAUGCUAUUCUCACAGCAAGCGUACAGCUGGCCUCCCAAAACAAUAUUACAGCCACCCGACUCUCCUCUGGUGACCAUCUUUCCCGCCAUCCACAAUCCUGGACGCAGCGUCCAGAAGACACAGAGCUCCAGAGUGAUGAGAGAGACUUGGCUGUGCUGUUCCCAUUCUGCGAUAUCUUUAGUGGGACUCUGAGAUUGGGCUGGAGGUGUGGCCCGGGUUGUUGAUGGUUGGUUUAUGUGACUUACAAAUCUGCUAAUGCAAAACACAACUGAAAAUAACAAGCACUUUCCUCUGUUUUUGUUUUUUCUUUCCUCCUUGGGGUUGGGUCUUUUUCCUCUGUUAUGUCAUUCUAAGAUCACUUGUUUUCUACUAUAGUUGGUUUGUCUUGAGUUUUAAGAUUUUUUUGUGCUUUACUUUUUUCUCUUUUCAAAGCGUUUUCCUUAUGAAUGGCUGCAAAAAUCUCUUGAGUGUACACCUGAUUGGUUGGUUGCUUGAUUUGGCAGAGAAAACAGCUGUUGAGGACAAGAACGGAGGGAGCGAAGAAGCUUGAGAAACGAGAAAGUGAGCCGAAGGGGCUGGGUUCAUUGUUUGUAACACAGACGCUAAAUGACAUGUAAGCAAGUCACUCGGGUAUUUCUUUUGGUAUCUUGUAUGUUUUGACCAAAAUGUCCAAAUGUCCAAUGUCAUGUGCUGACGUUUUUGUAGAUCAGAUUGUAUUCUAUGUAAGAGUGCGAAAAGUGAACCUGAAUAAAUGGAUAUUUAAUGA